AUGCUGCAUUUGAGUAAGGGAGAUUUUGUGUGGGUGGACUCCGGGGCUGGGGUGCCGAUCGGGGCGGAGGUGAAGCUGACGGACACGGGGCAGCUCCAGCUGAUCGAUGAUGAAGGAAAGGAGCACAAGAUCAACAAGAAGACGGAGGGGAGCAUCCGAGCCAUGCACCCCACCUCUGUGAACGGCGUGAAUGACAUGAUAAGGCUGGGGGAUCUGAACGAGGCGGGUCUCCUCAGGAACCUCCUGGUGCGACACAAAGAAGGCAUCAUCUAUACGUACACAGGCUCCAUUCUGGUUGCGGUCAACCCCUACCAGCUGCUGCCCAUCUACACCACCGACCAUGUGCACAUGUACACAGAUCGACGGCUGGGUGAACUGCCGCCACACGUCUUCGCCAUCGCAGACAGCUGCUUUUUCAACAUGCGCCGCAACCGCAAGAACCAGUGCUGUGUCAUCAGUGGAGAGUCGGGAGCAGGGAAAACUGAGAGCACCAAGUUGAUGUUGCAGUUCCUGGCUGCUGUGAGCGGACAGCACUCCUGGAUCGAGCAGCAGAUUCUUGAAGCGAACCCGAUCCUGGAGGCUUUUGGUAACGCAAAAACCAUCCGCAAUGAUAACUCCAGCCGUUUUGGGAAGUACAUCGACGUCAACUUCACCAAAGGCGGGGCCAUUGACGGGGCCCGCGUGGAGCAGUACCUGCUGGAGAAGUCCAGAGUUUGUCGUCAGGCACCCGAGGAAAGAAACUACCACAUCUUUUACUACAUGCUGAUGGGCAUGUCAGAUGAGCAGAAGAAGAUUCUUUCCCUUGGGAGCGCUGCUGAGUACAACUAUCUGACCAUGGGUAACUGCACCAGCUGCGAAGGACGGGAUGACGUGAAGGAGUACGCCCACUUCCGUUCAGCUCUGAAGAUCCUCACGUUCACAGAGAACGACUCCUGGGAAAUCUCCAAACUGCUCGCCGCCAUCCUUCACCUGGGCAACGUGGACUUUGAAGCCACCAUAGUAAAUAACCUGGAGGGUUGUGACAUCCGCAUAUCAACCCAUUUGAACAUGGCUUGCCAGCUGUUGGAGGUGGAUCCCAAAGCGGUGGAGAAGAGUCUGACGCAGCGCUCCUUCAUGACCACCAGGGAAAGUGUGACCAAACCUCUGACCUCUGCCCAGGCCGUGGAUGGCAGGGACGCCUUUGUCAAAGCUAUUUAUGGAAAACUCUUCAUUUGGAUCGUGGACAAAAUCAACGGUGCCAUUUACAAGCCGCCCGAGACUCCGGAUGAGGUCCGACAGUCAAUAGGCCUGUUAGACAUCUUUGGCUUUGAGAACUUCACCAAAAACAGGUUCGUGAUCGCAGCACUUCUCAUGAUAUUAGAGCUUUGUUGUGGCUGUUUUCAGACACAGGAGACAUUUUUUUUAUAA